UCUAUGUCAACCCACUCAACUCAAAAAUACAGGAAUACUUGAUGAAACCACUCUUAGCUCAGUUUUUGAAUUCUAUGUUUAUUUUCACAAUGAGUAUUGCUUUCCUUAACACAUAAAGAGUAACAAAUAUGAAGAUUAACUUUAUAAUCGGAAGUAUUCGUAAAAAUAACUUAACUUUGGUCUUGAUCCAUUGCCUCUUAGCUGUUUACACGGCCCUUGUUUUCAUUGUAGCUGACAGUUGAUCAGUUACUGAGCCCAUGCAAGAAACCAGCACAGCUUAAUGGAGAGUGCCCAACUAUUAAAUCAGGUGACGUAUUUAGUUAUGCUCGUCCACCUUUGUCUUUGGAGAACUGACUGUAUGAGUCACGUGGACCAAUCACUGGCUUUGUCAUGUAUUUGUCAGGCUAUAACUGACUGAUCACAGCAUUUUAAUAGGGUGAGAAAAUAUCUGUUAACUAUACACUGCUUUUAAGCUAUCAUAUGAAUUUAGAAACCAUAUACCUGCCAGAGUACUUCAAUUAACUGUUCUGUUGAAUGAUUGAGUGGGAAAACCACAAAAUAUUAUGAUGGACAACAUAACUGUGAGUGUUUUUGUGUCUGUUUUUACAAAGGGUAGCUUUGACUUAGCACCCGAAGCAGUCUAUGUAACUGUUGCCAUUGGAAUUCUAAUUUAUUUAUUUGCACUGUGUUCUAAUUUGCUUCUUUUAGGAAUCAUAGCUGUCAAUGCACAUCUGCAUCAGCCAAUGUACCUAUUAUUGUUCAGUUUAUCUUUCAAUGACAUUAUAGGUGUGAGUGCCAUGAUUCCACCGGUUGUCUAUAACCUGAUGACAGAACAGAGACACACAAGUUUCCUUUCAUGUCUGUUUCAAGCCUUAUGUAUACACUGGUAUGGGGGUGCUACUUACCUCAUUUUGUCAGCAAUGGCUUUUGAUAGAUACAUAGCAAUAUGCCACCCUUUAAGAUAUCAUGCAAUUAUGUCCAAAACUACUGUCAAAUAUAUCUUUAUGUUAUGCUGGUUAAUUAAUUUUCUUCUGGUGGGGUCUGUAUUUGGGCUCACCUUGCGUUACCCAUUUUGCUCAACACAUGUCUCUAAUUUCUACUGUGACAAUAUGUCAAUCCUCAGGAUGACUUGUGCAAAGGACAUUACCAUAAACAAUCUUUACGGUUUAUUUAUCACAGGCUUUUAUCAUGGACUUGGUCUGUUUUCAAUUGUAUUUUCUUAUACAUUUAUUCUAAUUGCAUGUUUCAGAAAUAAGGACUCUGAUGCUAGGUCAAAGGCUUUGUAUACCUGUGCAACCCACUUCCUUGUGUUUGUGGUCUAUGAAUGCUCUGCUGUCGUAAUUGUUCUUGUAUACAGAAUUCCUCAAAGCCCUUUAAAUCUGAAGAAGUUCAUGGCAAUGUCAUUUGUAGUAUUUCCUUCCUGUCUCAAUCCAAUCAUAUAUGGAGCUAAAACUCAAGAGAUCAAGCAGAAGAUAAAACAGAUAUACAACUACAAAAUAUUUCACAGAAGUGCUUUGGGAAAACCAAGACUGAACAAAGUGAAAACAAUUGCUGAAUGAGCAUCAGAAAACAAAUGAAAGCCUACCCCAUGAAUGUUAACACUCUACUUUCAAUUUCUAGAAGUUGUAUCAUUCUGUGAAGCGUGAAUAUCAUACUCAGUUUGUACAGUAUAUGACUAUAUUAGUAAGAUUGUACUUAAAAAACGUUAUAACUUUGACGUGAUAACUUUUAAUUUCACAUGUGAUGUGUUAAUCCUCCCCUAGCUAUGGAGGGUAAUAAAGCCAUUGCUUAUACCCAAUUAAAGGGUUGCAGGUUAACCCCUAGCCAAAGUCAGUACCCAUUUACAGCUGGAUGGAAUGAGAUGACGCAGAUAAAGUGCCUUGUCCAAGGACACAAUGUGCAACACCAAGUGAUUCGAACCUGGAAUUCAACUUGCGACCCUUCAAUUGCCAGCCCAACCCAUUAGACCACAGAGCUACACACUCUGAUAACAUGUUAUGUUAUCAGGAUAUAAAAGUGUGUGAAAAUGUAUCUUUUGUAUAGAGAUUAUGGUAUACUGUAUACAAGUGUUUCUCAAGAUGCUAUGCUUCUGAUGGAAAAGGUGUCUCCUGUAAAAACUACUGUGAUGUGCAUAAUAGGAAGGACCAUGUAUACUGUGUGAUAACGGCACCAUAUAUUGUCCUGUUUCCUUAAAAUAGUCUGAGUUCCACUGAGGGAAUUUUAAACUUCAUGUCAGAGAAGUCAGUGCCCAUGCCCACGUGUCUCUGAUUUCUAAGUCAUUUCUUACUACAACUGGAAAUUAAAUUAAGUAACAGGUUUGUGCACCAAAAUGCAGUUUUACUUUAGGCAUGACCUGGAUCUACCAUGAGGAUAGCACUCGCAAUCAUUGUACUUUCAUUAACUAUUCAGAUAUCUUGCUUUAUCUUAUUUUAAUUUGAUUUGACAAAGUGUACUUUGAUUAAAUAUUUAGCAAUUCAAAUAUUAACUUCAU